ACCAUCGUCAGCACGCGCUCUGUUUGGCGUUUCUCGCGUUCCGUAGAUCACUAAGCUGACGUCACUCAAGGAAACAUGGCGGUGAGCUCGAAUCCGACCGAAGUUGAAAAAAGAAUGCAGCACGACAGCGUGGAAAAGGAAUUUGCUUCCAGGAAGGGGACCUCAAGAAGUCGGACUGAAAGUGAAAGCUCAUCUGAAGCCAGCCAUCAUGGAGACAGGGCGCGUCACACUGAUGAAAGAAGAGAUGGGGACCAAAAGACUAUGGACAAGAAGAGACGAAGCCCCAGGAAAGGGAGUGACAGUGGCAGUGAGAGCUCAUCGGACAGAAACAAAAAAAGUAAGAGACGCCACUCCAGCAGCUCCGAUAGCGACAGCCGCAGAAAACGAGGCGGAACCCCUAAGAGAAGCAAGAGCAGUGCGGUGAAUAUCAAAAGUAAUCAUAAUGAAGAUGUGAGAAAGGACAGACGGAGGAGCUCCUCUUCUGAUUCGAGGGUCUCUGACAGGAGAAGAUCAAGAUCAGCGGGACACCGUGACAGAGAUCCCUCAGAUCGUUCCAGCAGAGGCCAUGCCUCUAGGUACAGCGACCGAGACGCUCAUUAUAGGGACCGGGAACGUGAAAGGGAACGUGACCACAGUAGAGACAGAGCGAGGGAUCGCUAUCAAAGCCGAGAGAGAGAAAGAACCCGCAAUGGCAGCAGAGAGCGAGAUCGUGACACUCGUCCCAGUAGAGAUGGUGAGACAGACUCCAGGAGAAGAGGAAGAUCUCCUUCUCCGGAGAAAGAGCCACCUGCUGCCAAAAAGAAAAAAGAGGAACUGGAUCCCAUCCUAACCCGGACUGGAGGUGCCUACAUCCCACCGGCUAGGCUUAGAAUGAUGCAGGAGCAAAUCACGGACAAAAGCAGUCUGGCGUAUCAAAGAAUGAGUUGGGAGGCCUUGAAGAAAUCCAUCAAUGGUCUCAUCAAUAAAGUCAACGUGUCCAACAUAGGAAACAUCAUUAAUGAACUUCUUCAAGAAAACAUCAUCAGAGGAAGGGGUUUGUUGGCCAGAUCAGUCCUACAAGCUCAAAGCGCCUCUCCUAUCUUCACGCACGUUUAUGCAGCAGUUGUUGCGAUUAUCAACUCCAAGUUUCCGCAGAUAGGAGAGCUUAUUCUCAAGAGGUUAAUUCUUAAUUUCCGAAAAGGAUACAGAAGAAAUGACAAGCAACUCUGCUUAACUGCAUCCAAAUUUGUCGCUCACCUAAUUAAUCAGAAUGUGGCUCAUGAAGUGCUGUGUUUGGAGAUGCUGACUUUACUUCUGGAGAGACCCACAGAUGACAGUGUGGAAGUAGCCAUUAGUUUUCUUAAGGAGUGUGGGCUCAAGCUGACUGAAGUUUCUCCUCGUGGCAUCAAUGCUAUAUUUGAAAGGCUUCGAAAUAUUCUACAUGGUUCUGAAAUUGACAAGCGGGUCCAAUACAUGAUAGAAGUUAUGUUUGCCAUCCGGAAAGACGGUUUUAAGGAUCAUCCGGUUAUUGCUGAAGGUCUGGAUCUGGUGGAGGAGGAAGAUCAGAUCACUCAUAUGCUGCCUUUGGAAGACGAGUACAACCAAGAGGAUAUACUCAAUGUCUUCAAGUUGGACCCUAAUUUUCUGGACAAUGAAGAGAAGUACAAGGCUAUUAAGAAAGAAAUACUUGAUGAAGGAAGCAGUGACUCAGGGUCUGGAGAGGAAGCAGAUGGCAGUGAUGAAGAAGAUGAGGAUGAUGAGGAAGAGGAGGAGGCUGGUGAAGGAGAAGAGAAAGUUACCAUCCAUGACAAGACGGAGGUGAACCUGGUAUCUUUUCGUCGGACCAUUUAUCUUGCAAUCCAGUCCAGUUUGGACUUUGAAGAAUGUGCUCACAAGCUGCUGAAAAUGGACUUCCCGGAUAGCCAAACAAAAGAGCUAUGCAAUAUGAUCCUGGACUGCUGUGCUCAGCAGAGGACGUACGAGAAGUUUUUUGGCCUACUAGCAGAGCGAUUCUGUAAGCUGAAAAAUGAAUACAGGGAGAGCUUUGAAGCAAUUUUCAAAGAACAGUACGACACGAUUCACCGCCUGGAAACCAAUAAGCUGAGGAACGUCGCCAGGAUGUUUGCACAUCUGUUCUACACAGAUUCUCUCUUCUGGCACGUAAUGGAGUGCAUAGUUAUGAGUGAAGACACCACCACCUCUUCCAGCAGGAUAUUUGUGAAGAUUCUGUUCCAGGAGCUCUGUGCCUACAUGGGACUUCCGAAACUGAAUGAGAGGCUGCAGGACAAAACAAUGUUCCCAUCAUUUGAAGGGCUGUUUCCUCGAGAUAAUCCACGGAACACGAGAUUCGCCAUCAACUUCUUCACCUCCAUCGGUUUGGGCGGCCUGACGGACGAACUGCGAGAGCAUUUAAAAAACGCUCCUAAGAUGAUCAUGACUCAGAAGCAGGAGGUCGAGUCGUCUGAUUCGUCAUCUGACUCCUCGUCAUCUGAGGACAGCAGCGAGAGCAGUUCAGAGUCGUCCAGCUCCAGCGAGUCGUCCUCCAGCAGCAGCUCCAGUUCAGAUUCUGAUGAGAAGCAGAAGAAGAAGCGAAGUAAGAACCGUGUCACCAAAAAGAAAGAGCAGCUCCCUGAGAAGAAGACGAUGACGUGGGACCAUCGGAGGCACGGCCAUCAGCACAGUGACAGCAGCGAGGAGCGACAGGUGGCCAGGGAGAGGGAGGACAUGCGCCAUUCCGGCAAAUCCCAGGGACGUAGAAGGGUGGAAGAGGAGGAAGACGACGAGCGAAAGUCUGAGCGGCGCCAGGGCGGGAGAAGCGACAAGGACCGAGGCAGGUACGGCCGCAGAGAGGAGGAAGAGGAGCAGCAGCAGUACGGUGGGCGUAGGAGAGAGAGAGACAGAGGCCGAUCCACGUCACACGACAGGAAUCGCAAGGAGCAGACCCUGAGGGAGGACAGCGAGGGCUUCUACAGGAACGGCGUGCAGAGGACUGCGAAAUCGUCCAGGGAGGGCCGCCACUCGGACCGAAGAGCCGACAGUCCAGCCCGGCGACGCAGAUAGCCACGGUGGGGUUUGCUACUGUGAUUUAUUUAUGUAAAUAGAAGGUUGGUCUCUCUCUCUUUUUUUGUUUUUUUUUUGUAAACUCGCCAUAAAAUACUAAAAGCGGUCGUCCACGACUUGUCACUUUGUACCUUGAUAGACAAAUGAAAAAUAUUUUUAAUUAAAUGGUUUUUGAUGUUUAAUAAAUGUCCAAAGAUUUUA